GCAAGGAAUAAGUCUCUUGGCCAAACAGGCAGAGUUUGUAAAAGAACUUCAGCAAAUCAGGAGUGAUUGGAUGAAAAGGAAACCCCUGACCCUCCCCUCCUGCACCUGACGAGUGGGUAUUUACAGCACUUUGCAAAGAGCCCUGCACUACACAAUUUUACUGCAUGGGGUGAGCAGAGAGGACAAUGCUGUAGAGGACCAAUGUGCAAGCAGUGAUUCUGUCUGCUGCUGCUGCCCAAAAGCUGGGGACCGUUAUUCUGAAGCUGAAAGGAGGUUUCAGGAAGAAGGCAGCCCUGCAUUUCAAGAUGCCACGAUCCUUCUUGGUCAAGAAACAUUUCAACUCUUCCAAAAAGCCAAACUAUGGUGAACUGGAUACUCACACAGUGAUCAUUUCCCCAUACCUUUAUGAGAGCUACCCCAUGCCUAUCAUUCCACAGCCUGAGAUCCUGAGCUCAGUUGCUUACAACCCCAUCACAGUGUGGACUACAACUGGGCUGCUGCCUUCCCCUUUACCCAGUGACCUCUCACCUCUCUCCGGGUACCCUUCGUCUUUGGGAAGAGUCAGCCCACCUCCACAUUCUGACACUUCAUCCAAGGAUCACAGUGGCUCCGAGAGUCCCAUUAGUGAUGAAGAAGAGAGGAUCCAGUCCAAACUUUCCGACCCUCAUGCAACUGAAGCAGAGAAAUUUCAAUGCAGCUUAUGCAAUAAGACCUAUUCAACUUUCUCUGGACUGGCGAAGCAUAAGCAGUUGCACUGUGAUGCCCAGUCUAGGAAAUCUUUCAGCUGUAAAUACUGUGACAAGGAAUACGUGAGCCUAGGAGCUCUUAAGAUGCACAUCAGGACCCACACACUACCUUGUGUCUGCAAGAUCUGUGGCAAGGCUUUCUCUAGACCAUGGUUACUUCAAGGACACAUCAGAACACAUACUGGAGAGAAGCCUUUUUCGUGCCCUCAUUGCAACAGAGCAUUUGCAGACAGGUCAAAUUUGAGGGCCCACUUGCAGACCCAUUCGGAUGUGAAGAAAUACCAAUGCAAAAACUGUUCAAAAACUUUCUCCCGAAUGUCUCUUCUGCACAAACAUGAGGAAUCUGGCUGCUGUGUAGCUCACUGAAUUUGCCUGGGCUCUGAACAUUUCUCUACUCCUUUUCAACAGAACAGGAGGAACCCUCAGCCCUGGAGGCAGUUUAUAUUUUACUUCCCAACUCAACAACUCCACUGGAAGAUGCAAAUAACAUCAAAUUGCUUUUUAGUUCAAUUGUUAAGCUUGACAAUUGUGUGAUACAAAGGAAAUCAAAAGAUCUUAAAUACGGGAAGAUGGAAAAGCCAAAUGGACGACUUUUUAAAAAAAAAAAUUACAUUCCAAAACUAAGUUUUGCCAGAUACCAAAUAUCACAGGUGCUUUUCAAUGUCUUCUAUAUCAAGUCAUUAUGUGGUGAAUAGGACCAUGGUAUUUCUUAGAAUAGUGUGCUUCUUGAUCAGCACCCUGAAUUGUCUUCAGAUGUCAUCAUAAGAAGAGAACAAGAAUGUAUGUCCAGUUGUCUUAACAGUAUGUGCCUUAGUAAAACUGUCACUGCAGACAUUCCUAGGCACAUGCUUGAUACACACUUCUUUUUUUAAAAAAAACUAUUGUGAUUGUUAACUUGUGAUGUUGUUGUUGUUUUUAUAAAAAAAAAUGGGAAUAAGUGCAAGCAUGAGGGUUAAUAGGAUUUUGACAAUGGAUUUCUUAAGAGCUUUUUUUCCUAAAUGCACAAAGGAAAUGCAAUAGCCUGAGCAAUACCCUCCAGUGCCUUUUUUUAAAAAAAGAAAACGAAUACCUUUGUUUAUUGACAUAAUGUAAAUAGUUUUAUUUUUAUAUGGCUGAAUGUGUUCCGAAUCAAAAUAUUAUCUAUAGCCAUGUCUAUAGAUAUCUUGAAGAAAGUAUGGAUACAAAUUGUAUUGUUUUCUAGAAAUAAUUUUUGUAUAAAUAAACAUUUUUAAGAAA